GAGAAGAAGAAAAAAUGUAGAGUUGUUUGGAUAUUUAUAUUUACUUUAAAAGGAAGCGGUUUCACCCCAAAUUCAUCUUCGAUUGAUUUGAUUAAAGGCGUUUAUGUGGAAUUGAAAACAGAAAAUGUUCGCUGGAAGAAACAACGACAACGGCUUUUGGCCAUGCACUGGAUUACAAAGCAAACCACUGGUUAUUCCAGAACUGAAAGCGCAUAACCAGUUUGCGGUGGACUCUCUCCAGGGCUCGGUACCGUCCUCGCCUUCGGACGAAACGGGGGAUUAUCCCCCCACCGCCCUUGACAUGGACACGCGGGAGAUUAUUGACACUUUCUUAAAAAUCUUUACAGGACUCCCUCAUUCUAAAAGUGGACGAAAACAAGUACUGUCAACAAUGAGGCGGGUUGUGGACAAUCUCGCGGUGAAGCACGAGCUCGCUUACAAAGGUAUGAUUGCACGGCUGAAUCUGGAGCAGAAAGGAGAAGAUGUAAGUUUCAUCAAGCAAGUGGCAACAGAGCUCUUUAGCGAUGGCACCACAAACUGGGGUCGUAUUGCCAGCCUGCUGACAUUUGGGGCAAUGCUGUGCAAAUACCAGAAUGACAGAGGACAUAGCAAGUAUGUGAGGUUGGUAGGGGAGGAGAUCUCGUCUUAUCUACUUACAGAGCAGCGGGACUGGAUACUCAGAAACAAAGCAUGGGAUGGCUUUGUGGAGUUUUUUCAUGUCCCGGAUACAGAGGCAGCUGUGAGAAACACACUUCUAACAAUUGGUGGUGUGGCUACAUUAAGUGCAGCACUUGCCUAUUGGAUACGGUGAAUCCAUAUGGACUUUCUAAAAACUAACAAAACAAAGAAUGGAUUCAGAACUUUCAAACUAUUUUUGUAUUGUUUUUUUUUUUUUUUUUUGAGAUCAUUUUCACCAUUUUUCCUUUUCGAAGUGCUCACUGUAUUUAAAAACUGGUUUAAACCUUUAUUUGAGAAGUUAAAUGCUAUUUUUGUAUUAAAAAGUAAAAUUUUUAAA